AUGCCCCAGCGUUGUGUCCGUAUACAGGGGCCGGGGUCCCGCAUAUUCCCUGCGUUGUGGCCGUAUACAGGGGCCGGGGUUCUGUACAUUCCCCAGCGUUGUGUCCGUAUACAGGGGCCGGGGUUCUGUACAUUCCCCAGCGUUGUGUCCAUAUACAGGGGCCGGGGUUCCACGCCUCCAAGGCCGCGUGUUCGCUAUACAGGGGCCGGGGUUCCACGCCUCCAAGGCCGCGUGUUCGCUAUACAGGGGCCGGGGUUCCACGCCUCCAAGGCCGCGUGUCCAUAUACAGGGGCCGGGGCCGCGCUGUGGGUCAGAGUGGGAGUGAUGGCGGCCAACGUGGAGCUGCUGGCGGCCCGGAGCCCGGGGAGAGGAGGCCCCGGGAGCCCGGAGUCGGAGUCCGAGUCCUCAUGCCCGGAGGGGAGCGGGGCGGAGGCCGCGGCCGAGGGCCCGGAUCCAGCGGCAGAGGGCCCGGGGGUAGCGGGCGGGCUGGAGGGGCAGCGCAAGCCGGUGCCCGGGGUGAUCUACCUCGGAUACAUGCCGCCCGGCCUGGAGCUCUGCCUCCUGCGCAAAUUGAUGGCGUCCUUCGGGGAGGUGGGGAGAAUCUUCCUGCAGCCGGCAGAUGAUAAGAGAGCGCGGCGGCAGAAAAAGACGAGGGGCCUUGGGAAGAACUUCACCGAGGGGUGGGUGGAGUAUCAGAACAAGGCCGUGGCCAAACGGGUGGCCAGGAGCCUCCACAACACACGGAUCGGGACCAAGAAACGCAGCCGCUUCCACGACGACCUGUGGAACAUGAAGUACCUGCACCGCUUUAAGUGGAUCCACCUGAGCGAGCGCCUGGCCUACGAGAAGCUGGUGAAGCGGCAGAGGAUGCGGGUGGAGGUCUCCCAGGCCAAGCGCGAGACCAACUUCUUCCUGCAGAACGUGGAGAAGAGCCGGGGCCUGGACAAGCUGCAGGAGCUGAAGCGGCGGAAGGGCGAGGAGUGGCAGGACAAGAGCUGGCACUUCCGCCAGCGGGCCACCGAGGAGGAGAUCCAGGCGAGCAAGGCGACCGCCCGCGGCCGGGCUGCGGGCAGGGCCGACGACCCGCGGAGGACGGCCGACUUCCAGCGGAAAUCCCAGACCAACACGGCCCUCCUGGCCAAGAUCUUCAACCCUGCCGCUCAACGGGAUUAGCACCUUCCAGCGGCUGAUCUCCAGCUUGAGGAGAGACUCGCUGGGUCUGGCUGCAGUGAAUUAUCCCCUGAGCACUGCAAAAGGACAAAUGGGGACUCGCUCGGUUCACUGGCCUGCGUUAAAACGCAGUGUAACAAAUAGGGUCUUGACCCAAAGAAGAGGAUCUGAAGAAGAGUCUCGACCCGAAACGACGGCCGUUCCUGCCCUCCAGAGAUGCUGCCUGUCCCACUGAGUUAUUGCAGCAUUUUGUGUCUAUCUCCUUAGCAAAUAGACAUCCUAUUUGAAUGCUGCCUGGAUGAGAUGGUAUUACCUGUAACGAAGAUAGACACAAAAAGCCAUUCCUUCUCUCCAGAAAUGCUGCCUGUCCCGCAGAGUUACUCCAAUUUUUUGUGUCUAUCUUCGGUU